AUGCCCAUUGAGUUCCAAGGAGCAAUUUUUCCAGCGGAAUUGAUGGAACGGCCGUUUGGCGAAUUCGACCUUAUUUUGGGCAUGCAUUGGUUGGUGAAACACCGAGCUAGGUUGGACUGUGCUGCUAAGCGUAUGGUAUUAAAGACUAUUGAGGAUGAGGAGGUGGCUAUGAUUGAAGAGCGAAAGGACUUUUUUUCUAAUGUGAUCUCUGCUUUAAGGGUCGAAAAACUGGUUCGCAAGGGUUGUGAGGUGUUUCUAGCUUAUAUUAAUAUAUCUGAAGCUGAGGGUCCUUCUGUUGGAGAUGUUAGAACUAUUAAGGAGUUUUUCGAUGUUUUUCCUAAUGAACUCCCUAGGUUGCCUCCGAACCGCGAAAUUGAAUUUGGAAUUGAGCUUCUGUCAGUAACAACUCCAGUGUCUAUUGCCCCUUACAGGAUGGCACCGAAGGAGGAGAAACAAUUGUAUGCUAAGUUCAGCAAGUGUGAGUUCUGGCUGCUAGAAGUGACAUUUCUGGGUCACGUGGUGUCUGUCAAGGGGAUUAGGGUUGAUCCUCGAAAAAUUGAAACUGUACUGGAUUGGAAACCACCUAGGACCGUAUCUGAGAUUCGAAGCUUUCUGGGUCUGCCAGAGUCUGGGAAGGAAUUCACUGUUUACAGUGAUGCAUCACAUGUUGGUUUGGGUUGUGUGCUAAUGCAAGAGGGUAGGGUAGUUGCUUAUACGUCUCGAAAGCUGAAGCCUCACGAGGCCAAUUGCCCUACUCACGACUUGGAGUUAGCUGCGGUGAAGGAGUUGAAUCUUAGGCAGCAAAGAUGGAUAGAGCUUCUUCAAGACUAUGAUUCCUCAAUUAAAUACCAUCCUAGUAAGGCUAACAUGGUAGCUGACGCAUUGAGCCAUAGGGCUGUAAAUGAUUUGAGAGCGUUAUUUACUCGUCUUAGCCUGUUUGAUGAUGGUAGCUUGCUGGCAGAGUUACAGCAAGUGAAGGCUGAACAUCAAUUACCUUCAGGGUUACUCCAGCCAGUUAAAAUUCCACUUUGGAAGUGGGAGAGAGUAACCAUGGAUUUUGUGAGUGGGCUACACUUGACGCCUACUAAGAAGGAUUCAGUACGGAUAGAUGGUCAAUCUGAGAGGGUGAUUCAAAUUCUAGAGGAUAUGUUAAAGUGUUGUGUAGUGGAUUUUCGAGGCAACUGGGAAGAUUAUUUGCCGCUAGCAGAGUUUGCGUACAAUAAUAGCUAUCAGUCCAAGUUGGUUACUGAUACCGAAGAGAAUGUAAAACUGAUUCAAGAUCGGUUGAAUGAAGCGUCGGAUAGGAAAAACUCUUAUGCGGAUCUUAAACACCAAGAGAUUGAGUAUUUUAUGGGGGAUUAUGUGCUUUUCAAGGUUUCUCUUUGGAAGAAGAUACUCAGGUUUGGACAGAAGGGUAAGCUUAGCCUUAGGUUCAUUGGGCCUUAUCGUAUACUGAAGCGUGUGAGACCGGUCGCUUAUCAACUUGAGUUGCCUCCAGAAUUAGACCGAAUUCAUGAUGUGUUUCAUGUCUCCAUGCUGAGACGUUACCGCUCUGAUCCCACACACAUUGUUCGAGUUGAGGAAAUCGAGGUUAGGCCGAAUUUGACCUUCAAGGAGGAACCAGUGCAGAUUUUGGACCGUGAGGUUAGAGUACUGAGAAAGAAAUCUAUUCCCUUAGUCAAGGUGCUAUGGAGUAAUCACAGUUCAUAG